CGAUUUUUGACGUGCCCAACAAACGAUGGCGGCCACUCGAAGAGCCGCGGCGGCGGUGGCGGCGACACCUUCGAAACCCACAGACUUGGUGCUUGCGCUAUCCCGGACAACGUUUGCUACACACACGGAUCUGUUCCGGGCGGAAAUUUACACCGUCGGAGGCGAGCUGCCGAUUCGAAUUUGGAUGGAGUCGCGCCGGUCCAAAGGCCAAUGGGAGUGCACCGUGAUGAAUUUUGACGAUCACCGACCAGCCGGGGCAUCCUAUUCACUCCCACCUACAACUGUUCUCACUGCGCUGAUGAGUGUGCUGACAUGCACAUCCAAACGAAACGACGAAACGUGUUCCGAGAGCUGCGAGCAUUACGACAUUGACCUGCAGUCGACCCCGCAGCGCCGUUUGUCGCUGUCGCUGUCCAUGAAGGCAUUCGUUGGCCUUUGCGCCGAGUACACGUUCAUCCUGACGCCCAUUGCCAUGGAAGCGCUGGACAUUAUUCAUGCGAAAGUGCGCGACCUCGAAGACGAAGUCGCCGAACUCCGUGAAGAGAACCGCCGCCUUCGAUCGACAAACCAUCGCACCACGGGCAAAGCGCUGCCGCUGGACAAACUGGAGAUGUCGUCGAGCCAUGACACGGACGCAUUCGAUCACAUCGCGUGGACGGUGCCGACGCAUCUUCCGUCGUCGUUCAUGUCGAUCAACAGCGACCACGAUGUCCUGACCGCGCAUCGCGAUGGCCUGUACCACAUUCAAGUAAGCGGCAGCUGCACGUCGAGCGGGGGCGUCGUUGUGCUAUACCACAACGACAACAAAAUCGCAGUGGCGUCUGCAAUCAAGCAGGAUGAUGGCGCGAGCACGAAAUACCAGAUCCAGCUGUCUGUCAUGGUGCAGCUGGCCGUGGACGCAACGAUCGAAGUGUGUUUCCUGUCCAAGUCUCCCUGUGGCCACACGCAGUGCGCCCCCUCCGGCACAUGCGCCCGAUCCAAGAUGAACAAGCGCGCCAAGCUUGUUGUGCAUGCCGUGAGCCUGCUUUCACAAGUGCCGACGGAUGGGAACGUCUCGACGAGGAGCGCUGCGGCGCCGCCGACGAAUGGCGGGGAUCAUGACUCGGACACGGACGUCGACAUUGUGACGGUGAAGCGGGAGCGGAAGAGAACGCGGAAUUGCUUCAAAUAAGAUGACAUAUCAAAUCCAUGCAACUAUUGCAAUGUCCGACGUGGCCAUGCCAGCCACCGCAUCCAUCGUUGCCAUGUACAGA